ACAGUAUCCUUCCCCUUUUCCUUAUAAAUAUAAAUUUCCCAGAGAAAAGGAGGGAGAGAAAGAGAAAACGUGAGAAACUUCUUCGUUCGCAACUCAGAAUAUACAAAACGAAGACACAACAGCCUCCUCGCCUCUCCACACACACAUUCACCAACUUCCUUCCUUCAUUCACUGGUGCAUGUCCCUGGUUGCCAGGAAUUGAGGUUAUUUCUCAAUGCCUCUUUUAAGGAGAAAGCCUUUUGCCUUGGCAAAACCUCCUGAGGAUUUGAAGCUGGAUGAACAUGUUUACCGAAUUCGAUUUACGAAAGAAAUAUUUCGAGAAUAUCAUGAUUAUUUGGACCGUUUAAAUCUAUACCGCCAGAGGGUUUGGAUGUGUAAAGUCACUGGAAAAACUGGUUUGACUUAUGAGGAGGCUUUGGUGUCAGAACAACGUGCGACUGAGAAAGUUCAACAGUUUCCUAGAGAGUUAAUGGCUCCUGCUUUAAGGAUCAUUCAGUACAGUAUGCUCCCUUUGAAGGAACUUGCUGAUUCUAUUGCUGAAAAAUUGCAGGAACGCUUGUUUGUGGGUGCUGAACUAUAUGGGAAAAAGGGUGAUGGAGUAUGCCCAUGCAAAAUAUUAAAAGUCAUCCAGGAAGGAGCUGACAAAUUCUGUUAUGAGGUAGCUUGGCUUGACAAAAACAAGAAUAUAAGUGAAAAAACACAAGUCAGUGUGGAAGAUUUGGUGCAAAAGAAGCCGCUUUUUAGUAGGAAUAUGUUGAAGUCUUUUAUUCGUGAAUGUACAUGUCGGAAUGCCCCUUGGGUCUUACAUGAUGAGCUGGCACAAAGUCAUGGAAUAUCACUUGACAUUCCUAAGGAGUUAAGAGGAAGGAUUUUUUUCAAAGAUGGACUUUUAAUUUGCUCCAAGAAAAGGAAAAAUGAGGGAUCAAUGGAAGAAACUGAUAACUGUAAAAGGGAGAAGUUGGAUGCGGCACAAUUUGAUGGUUCUGCCCAAGAGAAAGAAAAUGACCAACAAAAGGAUGAACCUAUUAAAUAUCCAAUUGAUGAUCUAUUGGUGAAGCCUAGUCCAGAUGAUCCUGUUUUCACUGAUCUUCCUUCUCCAUCAAGAGACUUCAGUGUUCCAAUGGAUUGUGUAGGGGAUCUCUUAAUGGUUUGGGAUUUUUGUACUUCUUUUGGAAAACUGCUGCACUUGUGGCCCUACUCUCUCGAAGAUUUUGAAAAUGCAGUAUGCCAUAAGGAUAGCAAUGUGGUUCUCCUUGUGGAAUCUCAUGCAGCACUUUUUCGGAUUCUUAUUAAUGAUGACGGUGAAUACUCUUCAGCUGUAAAGAAACGAAAGCUGAAGUCUAAGAUUACAAUGAUUAAUUGGACAGAAUAUUUAUGCGAUUUUCUAGAAAUGAUCAACAUUCCUGGUCUGAAUCACUAUGAAGCCACCAUAAAACGGGGACAUUAUGGCCUUGUAGAUGCCAAAGCUAAAUUAGAAAUCUUACGUGAAUUGGUCAAUCGAGCCCUUGAAACUGAAAUAUUCAGGGAAAAGUUGGAUGAGUUUAUUGAACAGCGGCGGGCACUUGGGGCCUCUAGAAGGGAAGAAGCACUGGAAGAUGGUAGGAAGAGAAGAAAAGAGAAGGAGCGGUUGAAAGCUGAGUCAGAGGGCAAUGGAACUGUGGAUGGGUAUCUUCUAAACAGUGCAAGUGUCUCAACAAACAAUAAUCCUAGUAUACAAAAUGGAGACGUGGGAAAUAAAAGAAAUGGAGAGAUAGAAUCAUCUAGACAAAAUGAUCCAUUGGGUACAAGUGGGAUCAAGCAUUCAAAUCCAGCUUCAAAAAAGGCAUCUAAGAAGCUGAAGUCAGAGCUGAAAGAACCAACGGAAAAUGGAAAAGAAUUAUCUAGAAAGGAAUUAAUGAAACAGUUGAAGGGCGAUAAGGAUCCACCAGAGAAGAAUAGUAAAGAACAGAGGAGAGAAUAUUUUGAACGGGAGAUAGAGAAACGAAUUGUUUGUAGAAGCCCAUUAGGUAAGGACAGAGAUUACAAUAGGUAUUGGUGGUUCCGUCGUGAUGGGAGGAUAUUUGUCGAAAGCUGUGACUCCAAGGAGUGGGGAUACUACUGCAGUAAGGAAGAGCUUGAUGCAUUGAUGGGUUCCCUCAAUUGCAAGGGUGAGCGGGAAAGGGCGCUGCGGAAACAAUUGGAAAAAUAUUAUAGUACAAUAUGCUCAGAAUUACAGAAAAGAUCGAAGGAUUUGAUGCAGAAGAUUGCAAUGGAUGAGUCUGUCCCUCGAAGGUCUACUCGUGUUCGAGCACCACCUAGGCAAAACCCUGCUAAUGCUUACCUCAGAUAUGUUAACAAGUGGAAAGAAUAGCAGGGUAAAUUUAACAUAUGGUAAGUUUAACCUUCAAACUGAUGAAACUUUUAACUUUUUUAAGGGAGCAGGUUGGUUCAUAGCGAGGAGAGGAAGAAAUUAAGUAGUCUUUUCGAUCCAUUUUUGGAUGACGGACAAGCAUGUGUAUAUAUGCUUGUUUCUGAAAUUUUGUACAUGACUUAUACCAUUCUUCAAU